AUGAAUGAAAUAAAUAACAAUGAAAUAAAUAACAAUGAAACUGGUCAUUUUGAACAAUUGCCAGAUGAAAUAUUGUUAGAGUUAUUUGAAAAUUAUAUUCGUUUAAUUGAUAUUUAUUUUGCAUUUUAUCUUCUUAAUCAUCGUCGAAUAAAUGGAAUUAUAAAUUCUGCUCGUUUUUAUAUAAAUAUUCCAUCGAAAGAUAUAUUUCAUCAAAAACCUUUUUCACAUUUUUCUUCUCAAAUUAUUUCAUUACAUCUUUCAACAUUUUGUAAUGAUUUGGAUUUAUCAAAAUUAAUUAAUCUUCGUUCAUUACAUAUAGAAAAACCAACAAAAACACAAUUAACUUCAAUUCGUGCAGAAUUUCUUCCAAAUCUUUUUUAUUUAUCACUUUCACCUUGUUGGUAUAGUCUGCAAGAAUUACCAAAACAUUUAGAAAAUAUCUCUCAAUCAUGUCCUUUUAAACAUUUGCAGCUUUGUGUUUUACCUGAUGGAAAAAUUAUCCGUCUUCUACCAAAACAUGAACAACCUCAUACAUUAAAAUAA